AAAAAAAAACACAUUGUAUGAAGAAACUAUAUUCCAAGGGAAUAAGACUCUCCGAAUUGAUGGAGAAAUGGAGAAAAAGGAAGAAAGGGUACUUCGCUGUAUACACAGAAGAAGGGAAGAGAUUCGUUUUGCCAUUGGAUUAUCUGAACCAUCCGAUGUUACAAGUGCUAUUAGAGAUGGCUGAGGAUGAGUUUGGGACUACCAUUGAUGGCCCUUUAAAGGUUCCUUGCGAUGGAAGUCUAAUGGACCACAUCAUCAUGCUUGUGCGGAGAAGUAUGUCCGAUGAGAAUGAUGGUGUGGAGAAGUCAGAGGUUUAUUCCACGAGCAGCACCUGCAAGGGAGCUCCAAUCUCUUCUCUUUUACCUCUCUUUCGUGGACCGAACCAGUCACUAGUUUCCUAA